UUUUGAUUUUUAAAUAAAAAUAGGUUUUGUUGCCGCAGAGGAAUCAUCUCCCGAAUAUAAAGAAGUAGAUGAACGGGAAGGGGCACUUGGAUCACUUUUGGGCAUGUAUAGACGUAACCAACAGACAUUCUGUGCUCAAUGGCUUUCACACCUUCUUGAAUUAACUGGACCUUCAAUAAAUGUCUACUCUGCAUGUUCCUCCUCCUUUUCGGCAAUUGCCCAAGCACUUGUAACAGGAGAGGCUGAUCUUUGCCUAGUUGGAGCUGUUCACUUAGUUCAUCCUAACCAACUAGGCCAUCAACCAAUGCCUGGGCAACCACUAGCAAAAUCCUCAAAUAGUUGGCCAUUCUGCUCAAACUCCGACGGUUUAAUGAGAGGAAGUGCUUGCGCGGUUAUUGUAUUAGGGAAGCCUAUGGAAGCAAUUUUGAGAGGAGAUCCAAUUCUAAGCAUUAUAAAAUCCGUUUCUAUAAAUAACGAUGCUGGCAGAAAGCCCAACUUUAUGUCCCCGAGUAUUGAAGGACAACAAGCAGUUAUUGAACGGGCAUUAGAACAAAGUGGGGUUCCAAGAACUGAAAUUUCCUUUUGGGAAUGUCACGCUGCUGGGACAACUAUUGGAGACAAUAUUGAACUUUUCGCUAUUUACAAGGCAUUUUUUGAGGAAAAGAAUGAAGGAGAGAAAAAUAAUAAUUUAUUUGUUGGCUCGUGUAAGGCAAAUAUCGGACAUUGUUUUGCUGCUUCUGGCAUUUGUUCAAUUAUUAAACUUUUAAAAAUGUUAGAAACGGGGCUGUUACCCCCGCAACUAUUGCCUAAUAAUGAUGUUAUGUUUGCGGAUCUUUUACAUCCUUUUAAUGGCCGAUUGAUGAUACAUUCUGGCAGUGAAGCAAAGGAAAUAUUACCCUCAAAAAUAAAUGUAAUAAAUAAAGUGACGUGUGAUUUAAAUAGAUAG